GGUGCCAUAUUGAAUAUCAUGGUUCAAGAUUUGUUCACCAAUGAUCAAUAUCACGAACUAGUAGAUGCGACUAAUCUAACGUACAAGGUUCGUUCGGAGAACUCUAUUUUCUUUGAGGUCGAUGGCCCAUACAAAGCCAUGGUGCUACCCGCUGCGAAGGAAGAAGGAAAGAGAUUGAAAAAACGCUAUGCUGUAUUCAAUUUCGAUGGUAGUCUAGCCGAACUGAAGGGGUUUGAAAUCAAACGGAACGACAUGCCGGAUUCGGAACUGUUCGAUCUGAUCUCGGAAAAUAGAAGCAUGUCACGACGUUUGGAGGACUAUGGCUCCCAAAAGUCCACUUCCAUUAGCACCGCUCGUCGCAUGGCCGAAUUUCUUGGGGAUCAAAUCGUUAAAGAUGCCGGUUUGUCGUGUCGUUUUGUUAUUUCCAAACAACCGGAAGGUGCUCCGGUUACAGAACGAGCCAUCCCAUUGGCCAUAUUCCAGGUACCUUUGAUUUUGUUACUAUUGUUGUCUGACACUGUGAUGAGUUUUGUGUGA